AUGGGUGCCCUCAAAUAUGUCGAAGAACUUCAGAAGAAGAAGCAGUCCGAUGUGAUGCGAUUCCUCCUUCGAGUCCGCUGCUGGGAGCUCCGACAACUCAAUGUCAUCCACCGCGCCUCUCGUCCCUCGCGACCAGACAAAGCUCGCCGUCUCGGGUACAAGGCCAAGCAGGGCUAUGUCAUCUACCGCGUUCGCGUUCGUCGUGGUGGUCGCAAGCGGCCUGCUCCUAAGGGUGCUACCUAUGGCAAGCCCACCAACCAAGGUAUCAACCAGCUGAAAUACCAGCGCUCCCUCAAAUCCACCGCCGAGGAACGUGUCGGUCGCCGCUGCGCCAACUUGCGUGUUCUCAACUCGUACUGGAUCAACCAAGACUCGACCUACAAGUACUACGAAGUCAUCCUCGUUGACCCUCAGCAUAAGGCCAUCCGCAAGGAUGCCCGUAUCAAUUGGAUCGUCAACCCAGUUCACAAGCACCGCGAGUCUCGUGGUCUCACAGCCACUGGCAAGAAGUCGAGAGGCCUCAACAAGGGUCACCGCUACACCAAGACUACGGCUGGUCGGAGAAAGACUUGGAAGCGUCACAACACUCUUUCGCUGUGGAGAUAUCGUUAG